AUGAGUACCAUAGAAACUAUGCAAGUGGUGGUAUACGAGGGCCCCUUUAACAUCGUGGUGAAGAAAAAGACCAAGCCGGUGCUUGUCGAUGAUACGGAUGCUAUCCUCAAGGUUCAUAUUGCGGGUGUCUGUGGAAGUGACUUGCAUAUGUACCGUGGGCAUCAGAAGACAAUCACAGGUCAUACUAUGGGGCAUGAGUUUAUUGGCACUAUCGAGAGCGUCGGAUCAGCGAUCACCAGAUUCAACGUUGGCCAGAAAGUGAUGUCUAUGUUCUCUCCCAUGUGUAUGCGAUGCUGGUUCUGUCAACACGGCCACACGAAUCGAUGUGUCAACGGUCCCUCCUACGGAAGCAUGGCUCUCGAUGGAGGACAGGCUGAAUUCGUCCGCGUCCCCUUUGCUGACAGCACCCUCGAAUUCAUCCCUGAAGAGGUCCACGACGAAAUGAUGAUUCUCAUGUGUGACAUUUUUCCAACGGGCUACUACGGCGCCAUGAAGGCCAUCACCAAGUUGCUGCGGAAUACUCAGACGGCUGAAUCAAUCGUGGGGGGAACGCUUCAUGCGCCUUCGGCCCUGCGACCCGCUUUUCAAACGAUCCCUCUCGACGAGGUGGUGGUUGUUUGUCUGUCUUGGAUGUGGACCAGUUGGACUGUGCCAAUUCUCUCUGCGAAGGUCCUUGGGGCAGGCACGGUAUAUGCGGUUGACUCUGCCGACGAUCGUUUGGAGGAAGCUAGAAAGAUGGGUGCAUUGCCGUUAAAGCUUGGGACGGAUUACAUCCCUGAAAUUGUCCGGUCUGCUACCGCAGGACGUGGAGCCGACGCUGUUGUUGAGAUCGUGGGCAAUCAAUCUGCGAUGCGCCUUGCCAUUGACUUGGUCCGGCCUUGUGGCAUCGUUUCGUCUGUGGGCUUCCACCAGGGAGACCUUCCUUAUACGGCAUUUGAAGCAUAUUCGAAAAACCUAGAUAUCAACAUGGGACGCGCUGCUGCACGACCCGUCUAUGGCGAGGCAUUAAAGGUCUUUGCUGAGAACCAGGAUAAGUUUGCCGAUUUCAUCACCCAUCGCAUGCCGCUCGCAGAUGCGCCGACUGCCUACGAGAUGUUUGAGAAGCAUCAGGCUCGGAAGGUGACCCUGACGCUAUAG